GGCAAAAGUGUGCAAAAAAUAACAAGUCGCUAAAACAAGUGUUUUCCAGUUGAAGAAAUGUAAGGAAUAAUGCGCGGCGUUCGCAAGUGUGUUCACUGUGGUGCCGUUAACGGAAAUCGUGCCCGGUUUUGCCGGAACGCCGAGUGUCCGCAGCGCAGGAACGUCCUGGAUGCCGUGCAGCUGAUUUCCCUGCGUCCCGGCUCCACUGUUUACUCCCUGAGGACCAAGGAGAAGGAGCAACAGCCGCGCAACUUUGUGGUCAUCCAGGAUGUCACCUUGUCCCUGCAAUCGGAUGCCGCCGUGGUGUCCAGCAAGGCCGAUUGCUAUGUGGAGUCGUGCAAGAAGACGGGCGGUGAAUCCUCCGAUUGCCUGCAUGUGAAAGCUUGCCGGGAACUGGGCAAUGAGUUCCCGCGGGCCCAGGUGUACCGGGUGUCGCGGGAGGUGCUGUGGAACCUGAACAUCAACCAGGAGCAGAAGCAGCAUCUCUGGCAGCUCUACAAGUACGCCGAGGAGGAGGAGCAUCUGCCGGGAGUGCAGCGCUUGAAUCACUCCACAUUCGCCGUGAAAUGCGAACGCUCCGAAUCCUUUCCAGCCGCCCGACUGCAUGUCACCGUUUUGGCCAACGGGCUGGCCAAGAAGAAGGGCUCCUACGCCUGCGCCUGCCGCAAACUGAAGAUCAUUGUGGAGCCAGAUAAUUCUUUGGUGAUGCAGGACGAGAUCUGCGACCAUUUGCUGUUGGUUUUGGCCGGGAUCCUUAGUUCCCCGCAGGGAAAACGGGUCUAUGGCCAUUUUACCAGUGGCUUGCAGAACUUUUGGAUGCCCUCGCAGCUGGAAACGCCGCUGGGCGACGUGGCCACCGAGGAUUUGAGGCUCAGUUUGAGCAUGGUGGAUGAAUUUGAUCCCCAGGUGGACAUACUCGUCUUCGGGGAUCAGCUGGAUCUUCCUUUACCGGAUCUCUCCGACGGCGUCUUUAACCUAGACAACAUGCAGGCGGCCACUUCUAGUCACAGCACCUCGAAUACCAACGAUGCCCUCAUCCACUAUGCUAAUGACUCGCAGCUCUUGUCCAAUUGCGAUGUCUACGCCGAACCCAUUGAGCUAACAGAUUGCAACAUUGAACUGAUGGAUCAAUUUCAGCCCACGGAUCAGCUGGAUAUUUGCAGCGAGGACAUAGAACUGCCGCUGAUCAGUGAACCCUAUAAUAUCCUGGCUGCGCCGCCCAUUUUUACCGAGGCCACGCCCUCGGUGGUCACCGAUCAACUGCCCAUUGAAUUGGCCACCAUAUCGGUAGUGAAAAAGGCACCUGUAAAGUUUUCGGAAAUUGUGACGGAAGUCAAAGCGGUGAAGCAACCCCCUUUGCCGGCCAAAAGGGAGUUAAUAGUAAAUAAAACAGCUUCGGCGACAUCGGCUAAGGAUACUUUAUGCGUAGAUCCUUCAGUUCAACCAGCAUUAUCCUACUCAGCAUGGCUGGAACAUGUGAUAGAGCUGCUCAACGAGGGAUUAGAGCCAUUAGAUAAUCCCAGUGCUGCUGUAACAAAGCGCUUGGUUCAACAAAACUUUCAUGUGCACAAGGACACCUUUUCGCACUUCUGCAAAAGCUUCACCACGGGAGUCAAACGAAGACCCCUGGAUAAAUUUACUGUGAUAGAAUCGGGCAAAUAUAAAGGGCUCAACAAGUACACCUGGCAUUUUGGGAGCCCUCACACCGUAAAGCGCAUAUUUACAACCUCCAAUAUUGAGCUACAAUUGGAUCGCGCCUUCGAGCGUCACGCAGAAGGUCAUUUUGUGCCGUAUGUGCGUCCAGCUAUCGAGGCCCAUGUUCCGGGUCAAGUAAAAAAGCGCGUAGUCUAUCCCAGACUCAGGCUUUACAUGGUUAAAAUAGUCUUUGAAACGGCUCCAAAGGACCAUUCCGGCAACGGAAUCCUGUUAUCCUGGAUACCCGAUGUCCUGCCCCGCAGCCAUUUCGGGCUGAUGCAUGUGGAGUUCACUGUGGAGACACGAUCGCCCAGCUAAGGGUAAGUUUGCAAUUUGAUGUUCUUUAUUUUGACGCUUUCAAUUUUGUCGGUUCCAUUUAUCUUUAGUCCAUUUCAACUUUUCAUUGGCUUACGAGUAGCUUAGGUGUACAUACAUAUACAUACAUAUCUUUAUAUAUAUAUAUCAUUAAUUUUGUUUAUCGCGAGACGCUUUCCGACUUUGAUAUCGGAUCCUCCUGCUUUCGAUUGCCUCUACAAGCUGCGGGAAAGUCCCUACUUUCUGGGUCUUAAAGGGUGGCGAAUUCUUCGUUCUUUAAAAUCUAUGGUCUGCCUCUGGGGUAUUUAUCUUCAUCUAUUUGCUUAGCUCUAAAAUCGUGGGCAUGCUUACUUAAGUUCUCGCUACAUUCAGCUCUUUCUUACGAAUCUUUCUUUAAUUUCCUCUUCUUUUUUUUUUUGGAUUUUUGUGUGGUUUACUUUUUAAAUUGUUUACGCUUAACUUUGACAUUCAUCACAUUUAUAAAUUGCAUAACACCGUCAAUUAGAUAAUCUGUUGUAUCUGUGGUUUUUUGUAUCGUUUUUCAAUUACUUUAGUUAAUGUGUGAAGGUAGUUUAGUCGUGGAAAGGUUUCCAUUUGCUCGAAAAGUGUGUGCAGUUUUUAAUUGGGGGUUUUUCUGUAGAACUCUGUGUAGUCAUUGCUCCAUUGCAAUGAUGUCGAUUAAGCUUUUCUUUGGCUGUGACGUGGGUCACACACAUACAACAUUAUGUACAUAAUGUAUAUAUAGAAAUAUCCACCUAUAGUUUCAUCGUACAUGCUACUAUUUAUGUGUUUAACAGUUAAAAUGCAUAGUUUUGUUUUGUUUCUCAAUAUCGUAUCGAAUUAAUAUGAUUCUUGUUGUUAUAUUACAGAUGAAGCAUUUGUUACCAUUGCCGGUGUCAGUAUGAGAAAUUUACAAGCCUUUCUAGCGUAUAAGUAGUCUUAGCCUAAGUCGGGUUAGUGCCUAAGAAACAUAAUCUCACAAAAAUUGGUCAUUAGUUGGUUAAUAUGUAGAGCCGCCUAUUUGGUAUCAGCUGACAAAUGAUUGGAUUGAAAUGCUCUCGCUUUGAUACGAUCAAGAUUGAAGGGUGCUGCCACCCAAAUCGGAAUCAUCUGCCACAUCUAGAUCCUCGAGUAGUCUGACUACAUUCGAUUGGGUGGACGACACGGGAUAAAUCUAAGAGGAAACUGAAGGACCUUUGACAUUCGUUCAUUUACAUAAUCAGUAUACAUGCUUAUUCAAGUUAAAGUGUACAAAAAACCAGUCUUUAAAACAUGUUUGUUUAUCGUUUCUUAUGUUUUUUUUUUCAUUUUCUUUUUCCAUUAAUACUUUACAUAUAAAAUGUAAAAAUAUUCACUAAAUUACUUGCGAUCUACUUGCUGUGUGUUUCUGGGGUUGAGAUAUAUCUGACUAAAUCUGGACAAUUCCAAACUACACAUCUUCUCAGCCAACUCACACACAUAGUUAUGGCAAUUCAGAGUGUGCUAACUUUAGGUUUAAUCCCUAUCCACAUCCGAGGCUAACUCUAAGAACUGUACAGAUUAAUAUUACGCUGUUACUCGGGGUAUAUCAAAUAUGGUAACACCCUGUGCAUCGAUAAGAGAAAAACAAAACUUAAACUUGAGUUUUCCAUGGGGGUUUAUCAUUUUAUCUCACUUUUCACAUGAAUUUUAUAUUUUAAUAAUACUUUGCUUGCGAUUACUAUUAGAUUUACACUUAGUUGUCGCCUUUGCUUACUUUAGUUUUUACAAUAUUCUUAGCAUUUUCAGAAUGUGGAUCUUAUUUUACAGUAUUUUUAGCUCGUUCAGAAUAAUGAGUCUGGUUUUCUGGCCAAAGCUUUUAUUUACAAUUUUUGUUUUGCUUUUUUCGUGAUGCUCUUGUGCUUUGUGCGGAAAUUGUGACUUAUUAAGUUUUAUUUUGGGAUUUACAGUGAUGUGUGGGGUGAUGAGUGCUCCGUGUAAAGUGCUUGGUAACUCGGAAUAUUUGCCAAUAAUUCACUUCUUUGUCUACUAAAUUCGCAAUUAAUUUGUAGCUAAGUUUUGCUUGAGUUUGUAUUUUUCUUUUAGUGUAUUUAACUGGAACAAAUCGAUAAGAAGACAGAAAACAAUAACAGAUACUAGGACGGACACUGAAUCGAUUCGAAAUGCAAAAAGUGCUCAAUCAACUAGGUUACUUCGGUAAUUCAACUAAUAAUUAUUACUUUAAUAGGAGUUUGUAGGAGCUUAAAAAAUCAUGGCACAAGUGUGUGCAGAAUUAAACUGCAUUAACGUUAUUUAUAUGUAAUCAGCGUAUAUAAAUGAUUAGACAAAUAUUUUUUCUUUUGUUUUUUAGUUAAUUCUACUUGUUCAACUUGUGCAUUUUGCUACGUUUCCACUUUUAGAUUUGCGAUUAUUUUUGUUCUUUACUGCUGCUCUUGACUUUUUCUUUUCCCUUGUGACUAAAUGUAGGUAAAAUGGAGAUUAUGAAAACUUA